CUCAAGACAUUUUGGCUCAAGCCAUUUUGGCCCAAGCCGUAGUCAUUGUGGCUCAAGUGUUUCAGUCGCGCACUUGAAAGUGGCUUCGCGGCUGAGAGCCAUCAGGUGGCUGUUUGAUGCAAGUUGUCUGCCCUCUCGAGUGCCUCGGCGAGGCGGCCGCGGCGCUGGCAGACAAGCAGGUGAAGGUGCUAGUUCUCCACGAUGCAGCCAUCGUCGAACUCGCGCUCUCCAAGGCCCAGCGCGAUGUGGAGUCGCUCACGGCGUGCGUCAGCGCCCCAGCGGACCCAGGGUGCGAUGCUGAGGCUAAAGUCGAGGAGAUCAAGGAGUCCUUCCUUCAGCUCCUCGGCGGGCUUGCCCCCAAAGCCCUUCCACUGACCCAGGCAGCCCCCUUCGCCAGUUCUGAAGGAGUACAAGCAGCAGUUGGCGCGGGCAAAGGUCACGGAGCCGCAGUGGGAGCAGGCGGAGACCCAGCAGGCACCGACGGUGGAGUCCAGGGCCAGGUCGCGGAGCCCGAGGACCAUGGCCGGCUCGUGGAGCCCAAGGCCCCCGGAGAGGGAGCAGCAAGAGGUGGGACUGCCAGUGCGGUCGGAGGUACCGCUGGCGCCCUGCCUGACGGCGCCCCCCCCAAGCGAGCAGCAGAGGAACAAGGAACAUAUCUUUCUGCACCUGAAGCUGGUUCGGACCUGCAAGCAGCAGGAAGAGCUGGCGUUGGCGCUGGUGCAAGUGCAGGGCAGCACGGCGUCCCCAGUGUCGGACCCGCCUUGGAGGCAGCCAGCGAGUGCGGACUUGGCGCCAGCCCCUUCGGCUCCUUCGAGUGGGACGCUAAAGAAGCGGCGCUGGCGCCAGGCCAGGGCUCGAUCCAAACUGCAGGAGCAGGAGCCUGCCAACGAGACAAACAAGGAGAGCACGCCAUGAAGGUCGCCCCCGUGGAGCUGGUGAAGACCUUCGACUUGGAUGUGCUCGACGGGGGGAUCAGCACGGAGUGCGAAGUAGCGGGGGCGCUGCAGGUUGCCGCGGCCGCUGGCUUCCGUACGGUCAACAGCAAGGAGAAGAAGCAGCGGAAGCUGCUAGACUUGGAGCGCAGCCUUCGCAGGCCUGGCUGGGAGACGGACCGCGACACCGAGCCGCCAGAGGUGCCCAACGCAGAGCACCAGCGUGCGGGCCUCGAGUGGAUUAUGGAGCAGCUCGUAGCCAGGGCGAAGGACGAAGCGCUCCGCUUCCCAGAGCUGUGGGACUGAGGGAGGCUUCUUUUCGGGCCUAGCUGCGUGUUGCGGCAUGGGCCCCUUUUCUCCUUUUCAGCGUCGCGCUUCGCAUGUGUUCCUUCCAUGUGCAGCGCGGCCUAGGUUCGGACAGCUAUCCCCCUUGAUGAGCUGCGGCGGUAGCGCUGCGGUAUGCGAGUGGCAUAGGCUGCCAGAGACCCUGCGCGGUUGUUCUGCGCUCUCGGGGGUUCUGCCUGCAUGACCUUCCCGUCGAAGUUCUGUUCUUUCAAGGUUGUGCCGGC